UCAAUAUUAAUGCUAAGGCAAAGCUCUUUCCGAAUAGUUAUGUACCGUAAAGCGAUCGGUUUAGACGUGGUUGCGCACACACUGUAUUCUUAAAAGCUCUCUUUAGUCAAAUUAAGUGAAAAUUGUUGAGUGUAAAAAGCAUAAACUUACAAAAAAUAAAAUGUCAGCGACAACAGACACAGCGACAAAUGGUACUGCGGAAGCCAUUAAAAGCGCAACGGAAACUAAUACUAACACUAAUGGUGCAGCAGCCAAUGGCGCUCCGAUUGCUAAGAGUCAACUGCCCGAAUGGCUGAAUGAGGAUCUAUUUGCAGAUCUGCUGAAGAAAAAUGUACCGAAUUUUAAGAGCAUUAAAAAUUUCACAGCCAAAGUCUCGGAAGGCGCUGGCGAAAAUUACGCCACACUCAUGGUCUCGGUGAAUUUAGACGCAGAGCUUGAAGAUGGAGAAACACAAAAUUUUUCAUAUAUGAUCAAACUGCCCAUCGACGCGGUGCAGGAAUUAUUGGCGAAGAAUCAUAAUAUAUUUGUUACCGAAAAUGUCAUCUAUAAAGAUGUGAUACCGGAAAUGGAGCAAAUGUAUAGAGAUGCGGGUGUUGACGUAAAAUUCGGAACAAAACAUUACGAUCUAAAGACGCCAUCCAAAUUCGGUAUUGUACUCAUGGAGGAUUUACGUCCCCAUGGCUUCAAAAAUGUCAACCGGCUUGAGGGUUUCGACAUGGAACACACUAAGGCCGCAUUGAAAAAGUUGGCACAAUGGCACGCCGCCUCAGCGGUACGUGUUGAAAUCAAAGGACCAUAUCCGAAAGUAGUUACUGAUGGACUAGUUAAUGAGGAAUUCUUAAAAAUGAUGGAAGAGAUGAGUAAAUCAACUACGGCAUUGUAUAUGGAAUGUGUGCGCACGUAUGAGGGCCAUGAAGAGUACUACGAUAGUUUGAAACGAAACCGUGAGAACUUUGCCGACGAAUUCCGUCCGCUGUUGAAAAUCGAUCCAAAUGAGUUCAACGUUUUAAAUCAUGGUGACUUUUGGGCCAACAAUAUUAUGUUCCAAUAUGAUGACGCGGGUAAACUUAAGGAAACAUAUUUCGUUGACUUUCAGAUGACGCUAUAUGGUCCACCGAUAAGUGAUCUAUAUACUUUGCUGAUAUCGUCAACGAGUCUGGAUGUGAAACUAAAGCAUUUCGAUUAUUUUAUUAAAUACUAUCAUGAUAAUUUGAUUGAGUACUUGAAAUUACUGAAAUAUCCCAAAAAAUUACCCACGCUUAAAGAAAUCCAUAUAGCCAUGCUCAAAUGUGGUACUUUCGUUAUGCACACAGUUGUCGGUCACUUAUCCAUCGUGCUGCUCGAGCCAACUGAAGCAGCUAAUGCAACCAAUUUAAUGGGCGAUUCGGAAGAAGGCAUAGCUCUCAAAAAGGUGAUGUAUACAAAUUCACGUUAUCGGAAACACAUUGAGGUCCUUCUACCUUGGCUUUAUCGUCGUGGCGCUUUCUAGUGACUAAGGUACAAUAAUUUGGUCCUAAAACGAAUUUUUAUAGUCAAUGUACAAACCUAUAGCAUAUAUUUAAUUUUACUGAAAUAAAUGUAUUUGUACAUUAAGAAAAUUUGUCGAGUCUAAUUGAUUUCCUAAAUGGAAAUUGCUUUUGGUCUAAUGUAGAGAGCUAUUUGGAAAACACUUUAUGUAAAUAUGAAGGACACAAUAAAAAUAAUUAAACAUGGUAUUAACGAUAUUAAGUUUAAAAUAAAACAAAUAA